UAUCAAACACGUCCUACGAGCGAGUGGCGAGUCGACGGGAUCGCUUACCGCGUGCGCUAACCCGUUAAUCGCUGUUGUUAUCAGCUCUUCUUUGUUUGUCACUCCGAAAACGUUCCGCUAUGCGUGAAGAAUGGUGGGGGAUGCGCGAUGCCGACUGAUAUACGGAUUUUGCUGGUAUACCUGACCAUGUUUUCGUAGUCCGUGCACCCCUUCCCUUCCCGCGCCGCCACUCUACUCGUAGGACGUACCACCACUACCGCCCGACGGUCAGACGCGCACAGCGGUCGCCGUGGAUUUUGUUCUUUUUUUUUUUUUUUUUCUUAAAACUAAUAAAUUUUUCUCGCGUCCGGCGUGUCGUCUACUCGCUCGCCUGCCCCAGGGCCACUCCAUUCCAGGCCGCCAACCACCGAAGACACGGGCCCCGUGAACGUCGUCGUCGCAUCGCAUCGCGCCGCCGUCGUCGUCUUUUGUGUUGUGCGCGCGACCAACGUGGUCGCGAUCCGCUAGACACCCAGCCGCCCGCUGUCCAGCCCGUCAGUCGCGCCAGCUCCGUCGUGUGUGUCUCCGUCGUCGUCGUCGUCGUGUUCUACACUGUGUCGCUGCCCGCUCGAUCACGACAAAUCGCCACAGUAAGUAGAAUCGCGUUCGUACCAGUUGUUGUUUUACACACUCUUAUAGCGAGUCAUAACCGUUUUUGAAAAAUCGUGUCCGUUGUUUAAUAAAAAAAAAAAAAAAAUAUUAGAGAACAUGGUUUACAAAAUAAAGAAACACUCGACGAUGCCCGUCCACGUAGUCGACGACCACAACGACGCGUUGCGAUACAUCUACCGGGAAAUAGGUUCCAAGCACUUGCCCCUGUACGGCAACGUUCUGUUGCAUUUCGAUUCGCAUCCGGACUUGUCCAUACCGAAAGACAUGCCGGCCGAUUACGUGUACGAAAAGGAACAGUUGUUCGACUCGCUGAGCAUCGAGAACUGGAUACUGCCCGCUGCGUACGCCGGCCAUUUCGAUAAAAUCAUCUGGGUAAAGCCUCCUUGGGCACGGCAAUUCAACGAAGGCGAAAUCGUGUUCAGCAUCGGCAAGCACAAGACGUCCGGCGCCAUACGAUUGACCAAUUCUAGCGAUUUCUAUCUGAGCGAAGGUCUCUAUUGUUUAGAAAAUGAUCUCAUUAACAUUAAAACCAUCAAGCUGUUUGUGUUCACCAUGUGUAGUUCGAUUUUCGAUGAUGGCGAGGAGAAAUUUGAGCUACUGCGUAAUAAGUUUAACGAGUAUACCAGAGAUAACCCUCAUUAUAUAUUAGAUUUCGACUGUGACUUUUUCUCCACAAACAAUCCGUUUCUAUCCAUGUAUGACAAAGCAAAUCUUUAUACUAAUCUACAUAGAAUUUACACGUUUAAAUCGCCGACUAAUAAAGAAGACGUUAACAGCUUAGUUCAGUGUUCUCGUUCGAGAGAAAUACUCUUGCAAGAAUUAGAAUCUGUGUUCAUGCAUCUCGAUGACGGAAAGUCGUUAGAUGAGUAUCCGACUGAAAACUUAACUGCUGUAAAUUCUGAAGAUUUAUCGUUUAUUGUAAAUGAGCUAUUGAAACAUUACGACACUAUAGAUUGGUUGAUAGUGCAUAAUGCUGGUUGCACGAUUGACAACAUUGAAUUGCCUAACCAUCAUACAGACAUAGCUGAUAUUGCCAAAUCUAUGGAUAUUGUGUUCAACUUUUUACCUAUAAUACAUGAACCAGCUGCCAUUACGAUUGCCUUGUCCACAGGAGAUGAUUACUGUCCAUUGGAAAGUGCACGCUUUAUUAAUGAAUCAUUGCUCGCAAAGCUAGAGUGCUUGUAUAAUAAACUGAAUGUUCAAAAAUGUACUGAAGGUUCCUAAAUUACUGAAACAUAUUAAUCUAAAGUAUAAGUUUAUUUUAUAACUGCUAAUCCUUUGAAACAUUAUAGAUGGAAAAUACUGCUAUGCGGCUUCAUUUGUCAUUUGAUGAAGAUGAAGACUACUACGACGAAGAAGAAAUUUUACGUGUGGCAGACUUGACUUACUGGCCAUCUUGAGCAUUAUCACACCCCACCAUAUGCUCCAUCCCCAGCCGACUAAACAGAAAAGCACCGUGAACAGCUGAGCAGCGGCCACGACGAAGUUCACACAGAAUGCGCCUACCCUAGACUGGAAGGUAUCGUUGACCGUGAAUCUUGGCUUGCCGACGCACAGGCAUAGCAUACCACUGGAGAAUGUGCCUAUACAACACCAAAAACAUCGAAAAUAUUUUAAAUUAUUGUUAUAUUUGAUAAUAUAUUUCUUUAGUAGGUACAUAAAGUUUCGCGUUGGUACUCGAAAGUUGUAAUCGAGAGUUAAAUGUAAAUACCUACAUUUGAAAUGUAAAGAUGAUAUUAUAGUAAUGAUAAAGAUAUUGUGUGUUAUAAUAUAUAUACUACAGUGCAUAAUUAUA